CUUUUAAGAAUAUUGAUAUCAAGUUUGGUCUUCCUUGCUCGGCGAUACACCCUCCUGUUUGAACCGGCUUUAUCGAACGAUAGAAGCUCGGAAAAGUUAAAGUGGCAAUUUGUCAAAGAAUUGAACAGAACGACUGGCUUUGAUAGCUGUACGGGACAUGCUAGCCUGGAGCUGUAUUGAAAUGAAUGACUCGAUAUGUUCACCAUGAAGUUUCCGACGGCUUUAUUUUUCUUAUUUGGUUUACCUGGCGUAGCCCAAAGUUCCCGAUUGAACGCUCGACAAGAUGCCCCAAGUGGGAAUUUCUCAGUAACUCUGUCGCCGCAGAGCUCGGAUAGCCAGCAGGAACUUGUGGCACCUUCACUGGUUGCUACGUCUUCAGGAAUUGCCACUUCGCCGAGCGUCCCGAAGCAGGAGCGUGGCCCGCAGGAUUUUGACCGUGCCGGCCCCCCGCCUGAGCCGGUUCCAACAGUUGUGAUUCCUCCCGCGAAACCGCCAAGCCUGGGAGAAAGUCCUACUCAUACUGUUAGUCCAACGACAUAUCCGACAUCGACUAACGCAGAUAUCAACUUGGACUCGACGACACUCACUUUUUCAUUUACUACUGUAGCUUCGACUAAGACUUCAUUAGCCGAGCUCGCCACUAUCGCUACUACAAAUUCGCUCAUGGUGGGCGAAUCGCCAGCGAAUACUUUCGCUACCUCGACAGCAACUCGCGGGACCUCUGCCGCGACGCCAAGCGAGGAAACUCAAGCCGGCGCUUGGAAGUCCGAUCCUGCUUCCUCACCCACAGAAACAGACAUAAUGUCUAGCCCUUCUCCCACGCCCAGAAGUGUGAACUCGGACGCUAACGAAGAUGGAGCUUCGACUACAACCAUCGUGCUCAGCACAGUCCUUAGUGUCAUUGGCGUGGUUUUGAUUACGGUAGGAGCCUAUUUAUGCACAGGGAAGCGGCGGAGGAAGAUGCCGAUGUUUAAGAGGGGUAUCACACCGAUCGGUGACGACGAGAUAGAAACGUGGAAGUCAAAUCGAUCAGCUGAGAAGGUGGUGGAUACGUACACAAUGCGGCCGAACCACUCGCAGAACCCAUCGACGUCCACAUCCGCUAGGAGAACCCACAGUUUAAUACAGUAUCAGAAUGGCGGACGUUCGUCGUUCGAGCCGGCAUCUCCGAGAUCCUUCAUAGGCGGCACGCAAAGUUUCGACCUUCCACGGCCUCCCGGAGCGGUGUUGGCACGGGCGCCAAAUGCGAGGUCAGGGCUGACCGACGAGAUGGUCCCUGGCGACGACCCAUUUCUACCAUCCCCCAAACGACAUCCAUCAAGGCUGCACAAACUACCGCCGAACUCGCCGAGCAUACAUACCCGAACGAAAGGAUCGCGAAGUAGUAGUCUGCGGAGCUACGCCGAGGCCGCGUGGCGGCAAGCCGAGACGCAAGAUAAUAGUACACCAUCUCCUAGGGUUUCUAGCGACGCCUACUCGCGUAGCUACCACAACCACCACCGCAUAUACUCCAAUUCGUCCAUACCGCCCCCACCUCGGCUGUCUUUCGGCGACAGCGAGCAAUUCACAGGCCUGUCGCCACCUCCGUCGCGGCGGAACGAUAAUAUGAUGAUAGGUCUAGCGGUCGGAUGAAAGUCUAAAAGUUGAGAUACCACCCUUGGUUUCAAACCUCUGAAACUCACAUGCAUCCCUGUUAUCCCCACGUUUUGAGAUAUGACUGGGCAGAAAGGGGAGAGGGGUCUGUGAGUGUGAUUGUGAGCGAACAAGGCAUCCGACCGUUUCAGCUAUCCCCCCCUUCUCACCCGCCAAACCCGAUAUUUCGACAGGCAAAUAAAGGGCCGAAUCGAGUAUCCUCACGCUCGUCGACGAUAAAAAAAAAGUACGAAUCAAUCAAUCAAUCAAUCAACUCUUCGGGCGAUCCCCCAAAGCCUACAGGCCUCAUAACCCCUAUUAGGGAAACCCCUCGAGGGUGAUCCAGCCUUCAAACAAAAAUCGCCUCGGCAUAUCCUACCAUGCAUCUCAACUCAACUCAACAACCAUCAUCCACCUUCCACGAACUAUAACUAACUAUCUUAUACCCUCUUUCGCCAUAUUCAUCAUCACAUAACGACAUAUCGG